UUCUUCCCAGCCUCCUCUUUCGGCUGUGACAAGUGGUGGCCACCAACGUGGAGAGCGGAAGCCGUUCUGCUCCUCUUCGAACGAAUUGCGUUGAGGCCAGAGCCUGCGCGUGCGGCGGCAGUUUAAGCUCGGACCUUCUGCUUCCCACGAGAGAACGGGAGCGGCGGGUACCAGGCGAACGUAAGGAGCACGCGAGGCUGCUGGGUGGCGCCGAGUUCUCGCCGCCCUUUCUCUUCUCCCCGCAACUGUCCUUAGGCAGAGGCGACUGGUCAGUCUGUCAGUCAUAACCGGUUUGAACCGGAGUGCGAGGAGCUACCGCCGCCACCGCCAUGGCUGAAACCGAGGAGAGGAGCUUAGAUGACUUUUUCGCGAAGCGAGACAAAAAGAAACGAAAAGAGAAAAGUAGCCGGGGAAGUGCCACUGCCGCGCCUUCCUCGGCUGCCUCUUCCAAUGCCACUGCCGCGGGUGUGACUGGGGGAAGCCGGCAAGCAGAAGGCGCCCAUGGAGCCGCCUCUAAUGCUAACGCGGCCACCGGCGGUGCUAAGGCAGCAAACAAGGAAGAGGAUGACUGGAAAGAAUUUGAGCAGGAAGAAAUAAUUGACUACAGUGGCCUCAGAGUUCAGUCCAUGCAAAUUAGUGAAAAAGAUGAAGAAGAAAAUGAGAAAAAAGAAGAACCAAGGGAUAAUAGUGAGGAACCAGGUGGAAGUUUGGAGAAAUCAUCUGGUCCUUGGAAUAGGUCUGCUCCUACACAAAUACCUGUUGCUGAAAUUAUUGAAAAUCCAGAGCCAGUGCAAUCCAGUGGAGUAUAUAGGCCACCUGGUGCAAGAGAAGGCAGGACACGAAAAGUGCCACAAGGUCCUCCAGAGAUCUAUAGUGAUACACAGUUCCCAUCAUUGCAGUCCACUGCCAAGCAAGUAGAUACUAGAAAGGAUAAAGAAAUGGAGAAGAGCUUUGAAGUAGUAAAACACAAAAAUAGAGGUAGGGAUGAGGUUUCAAAAUCCCAGGCAACUAAACUUCAGCUAGACAACCAAUAUGCUGUGCUUGGGGAUCAGUAAAGCUGCACACAUAUUACAAUUAAGGAAUGGUUAUUUGAUACCCUUCCAUUCUUAAGAUAACUAAACCACACCAAUUAUGAACAUGCCGUCUUGUUUCUGCUGGAUCUUCUACAACAAGUGCAGGCUACUUUGACGUAAGUGAUUGCUUUUCUGCACUUUGAAAAUAUACUUAAUUUGGUACACCUUCUUUAUAUUAUGAGGGAAAUUAAUGUAAAUUGUUGAACAAGAGUUCCCGGUGUUUUGAUUCCUCUGCAGCCAGUGGUUAUUUCAAAUUUUUUUAUGUUCAGAUACUGAGCCUUCGUAAAGGUUGACUACCUCAGACUUGCUGCACUCAUUGUGGAUACCAUGUGGAUCACAACUUCUGGAAAAGGUUACAACUCUUUGGUGGCCAUCUGAAACUCGAAACCAGCUCUACUGGAUUCCUCUAAGAAAUCCUGCAGAAAUCAGCCAUCUGAGUUGAUAAUAUAAUAUAAUUUAAGUGACCUUAAAUGAGCAGUUUGUUCCGUGCCCCAUUUAUUAUAUCCUUUCACAUGUAGCCAUAAUUUACUAGGAACCUCUAAUGCACAGUUUUUUUUUAAAUGCAGCAUAGUGUUGAGUUUUUCUUUAGUUAUCAGAAAAUAAGUACAUAUCCAGAUAGAAAAUUUAUGGACAUUGGUCUGUAUAUUAACUGGUUUCAUUUGUGUAAAUUCUUCAUUUGAGAAAUAGCUCUCCAGGCUUGACAAAUUGCAAUAUAGUCAGGUAGUUGCAUGGAAUAUGCAACUAUAUAUCAAAGAGUUAGAUUUUCUUUGGAUAAAUGGUCAAUAAAUGUUUGCUCCUAUAAUAUCUGGGACAUAUUUCUGAGAAGUUGAUGCUAAAUAUUUAGCCUUAGCAAUCUGUUAGGAAAUAUCAGCUAUUGCUCACGCAUACCAUUAUAUUUGCAGGAUGGAGAUACUUAUAUGCAUAGUGAAAAAUGUCCAUUGUACUUAUUUACUGUUUUUAAGAUUUGGAUAUAUUUUGAGAAUAAGAUGUUGCAUUUAUGGCAUUUUUUCCUCCUGCCCAAAGAGUAAUGGCAACUUCAGUCAAAACUGUUUCCUGGCCAGCUAUGUACUCAUUUAUUUGGACACAUAUUAACAGUAUUUGAAUACUAAUUUAUGCUAUAUUUUGCUAUAUAACAUUGACUGUGAGUAGAAUUCAAACCAGCUCCCAAAGAGGUUCUUGCUCCCUGGAUUAAUUUUUUUUUACUUUGUUCUUCCAAUCUGAAUCUAAUGUGGCCACUCCUGAUAUGUCUUUCCAAAUGCCUGGCUGUUUUCUGGACUCUCAAGCCAACAUUUAGACAAAUGUAUUACUUAUGAAGUAGCUAUGUACUUUAUAAAAAGAUGACUUUGCAAUUAAGGAGUGUUUAGAAUAUGAAAUCAUUGCUUUAAAUGAAGAACAGACUGCUUAGAAUAAUAUUUUAUUCCUAUUAAGAAUUGUGAGAUAUAUUCUUCUAAGUAGUUGUGUUUUAUACAGAUGCAGAACCAGUCCUCUACAUGCUUAGAUCACUGGAAGUAAAACAGCUGACAUCGUUGAGUUGCGUAUCUUUCCUGAAAGUUGUCUAUUUGCCAACAAAGCCUUUGCAGGGUAUUAAAGCUGAAGAACUAAGAUUAUGUGAAACGUACAAUUUUAAAUUCCAGCUUUGACAUUUAUUAAAAUUGUUACACAUGAAUCAAGUUUUAAUAUACUGUAUGAUAGGGUAGAUGAAGCUGUCCUUUGUAUUCACUUGAGUUCUUGGGCAUAGUUGGUAUAGCAAGUUAAUAUUGUAACAUUAAUAAAUAUAGAAAUGUUCAUGACCUCUGCAGUCUAAUGAUUAUAUAUACAUGUUCUGAUGCCGUGCAUCACUUCAGUGUGGCAAAUACAUGAUCAUGGUGUUGAAACUUAAAGCUGCAGUCUUAUGCAUGUUACAAGAAAAAAGUUCUGCUGAGUUCAUUCAUAGAUAUGCAUUGAAUUGGCUGUUGCAAAGUAUUGGUGGCCUGUAAGUAACUUGAAAUGUGUGGUCAUCAUCUACCUCACUGUGUCACUGCUAGCAACACCACUAAUAUCAAGUGGCCAAAAAAAAUGUAGUUAAAAGAAAACAAUACUGCUAAAGUUGACAGCUUUUUGUAGUGAAGCUAAAACUUUUACAUCCCCAGAUACUUAUUAGUGAACAUGCUUUCAUUGAAAUAUUACACCAUUGAAUUAGUCAAAUCUUUCAAAAGAAAGUGGAGCUCUAGUAAACAAAGUGCAUAUUUUAUAUUAUAAAUUGUUCCUUGAGAUUCUUAAUUUUGGGAGGAGCUCAUACACAUGUGGAUGGUUUGACUUUAUGCACUCUGAAGUUCUGCAUUUUAUCUAUCCUAACAAAUGUCAUAUAUGCGAAUAUAAACUUCUGUUACACAACUGCUUUGUGAUCCGUGGGCAAAAUAAUUAUAAAGAAACAAACUGAGGUGAUCUGAAUGCAAAUGAGUAUUCUUUUAGUCCAGACAUCUAAUUCUGAGCUGAUUAAAAUAAAUGUUAGCUUGAAAAAAAACAGUCCCAGUUUUUAGCGGUCUGUCUUUGAAGUUCAGAGUAUUUAAUUCACGGUACUUAUAAAAUCAUAGUUAGCCUAAAAUUCAUUCUGAAUUUGUAUUUAGGUUCAUUGCCUAUUCUAUGAAUACCUCUGGAAAACCAUGUAACUACUUUGCUGCAUAAGAGUGAUUGGUGCUUUUUAAAUGAAAGCAGUGUCCAUGUUCCUAAUCAAAAAUAUUCAACUAUAAUUUAGGAAGCUCUUAACAGUACACUUCAAGGGAAUCUAAGGGGCAGAUAAAGUGUAUUUACAUGAACAAUAUUUUGAUAAUACACUAUAGCACAGAAUAUAGCAUAAUAAAACUUUUAUUUGAGCAGCUUUUUUUCUGCUCUAACCAGAGCAUUUUAUAUAUCUAUGUAUUUUGUAUUGAUAAGCAGUAAAUUGGGAGUUACUGUUCAUUUGGUAAAAGCAUUAGGACUUCCCAAGAACAUUUUCUGAGGCUUCUAUACAGAUCCUAAAAUGUAUACUUAUAAUUCAAGCCAUAUGCAGAUGUGGCUUUAAUAUCAAUGCCUACAUCCAUCUAGUCCAGGGGUGUCAAACUACCGGCCCAUGGGCCGGUUUCAUCAUACCGAAGCUGCACCCAUACCAUUGCCAUCAAUGCAAAAAGUUGCGAUAUGUCACGAGGCAAAUUUGGCACCCGUGAUCUAGUCAAACUCAAUGUCACAUGUGAUUUUUUUGCCUUUGUGGAACCGGGGUGGGCCUGGCCUGUGUGUGAUGCAUCUGGCCCACAGGCUGCCAGUUUGACACCCCUGAUCUAGUGGAUACACAUAAUUGCACCAUGCUAUUUAGCUGGUGUACCUGUUUCUGAAUGUUGGCAGUCAAAGUUGAAUAGGGAUCAAGAGAUACAAAGUUCAAGCUACAUAGAUCCAAUCAGCACAAUUGUCAUGUCAAGAACUUGAAGUCUUGGACUGUAUAGUCAGUCAUAUAUUGGAAUUCAAAUCCAAUGUAUUGACAAUGAAUAGGCUGUGACCUUAACACUAUUUUCAAUUGUGGUAUACAAUAAAAACACUGUAUAGAGCAUGUCUUCUAUAUGCUCAUUUCAAUACUUCAUAGGAAACAUGCUUUAUACAGUUUCAAGCAAUCCAAUUGUUUUUGGCUAAAUUGUCUAAGCCAAAUCAACUAUAGAGACAACUGCCUGCUUUCAAAAGAUGUUUUUAGACAAAAUAGGGCAAUAAUUGAUCUGCAAAAUAAACAGUUUUAAUAGACUUAUCCUAUGUCCACUUCUCCAAAAGAAAUAAAUUUAUAGUAAAUGCUAUUUAUUUAUUUAUUUAUUUGAGUGUGCUACUCUUUAGCUGUAUUGGGCAUUCCAAGUAUCUAACAAAAUUUUGUUUAAAGA